AUGGUGAAGAAAGCGAUGAAAGAGGAGGAGGAGGAGAUGAGAAACUUGUCGAUGCAGUCAAAGUACAGAGGCGUGAGGAAGAGGAAAUGGGGGAAAUGGGUCUCUGAGAUCAGACUCCCAAACAGCAGAGAACGAAUCUGGUUAGGCUCUUACGACACUCCCGAGAAGGCGGCGCGUGCCUUCGACGCUGCUCAGUUCUGUCUCCGCGGCGGCGACGCCGACUUCAAUUUCCCGGACAAUCCACCGUCGAUCUCCGGCGGAAGGUCGUUAUCUCCUCCGGAGAUUCGGGAAGCGGCUGCUCGAUUCGCAAACACGGAGGAGAGUGUUAUUAGUAUCCGGGACGAAGAGUCGGGUCUAUCCGGAUCCGAAAUCCGACCCGAGUCUCCUUCUACCUCCGUAUCGGAGGUGGCUACAUCGACACUGGAUUGUGAUUUUUCGUUCUUAGAUGUGCUUCCGAUGGAUUUCGGGAUAUUCCCCGAGUUUGAUGACUUCUCCGACGUCUUCUCCGGUGAUCGAUUUACAGAGAUUUUACCCGUUGAAGAUUACGGGGAAGAGAUUAUUGAUGAGUCUUUGUUUCUUUGGGAUUUUUAA